AUGGGUUAAUGUUAAAUGCCGAAUGAAAGGUAAAUUGUAAUAUAUAUUAUUGAUUUCAGAAUUACAAUACAUUGCCACACUUGGAAUAAUGAUUCAGUUGAUCUGUUUGAUUAUGAGAGCAUUGACAACAAAAAACAAUAAUUUACAAUCCAAAAUCAAGAUUCAUACAUCAUUAGUAAUAAAGAGACAUUUUAACUUGUAAAUGAAAUACCAAAGGAUAAUAGGUAUGAUAGUUAAUAAAUUCAUAGCGAAGUAUUACUGUUUAUAACAGCUAAAAAUACAAUUGUAGCUGGUACAUAGUAACAAAAAGGAAAUUCAACAGCUUUAACAAAUACAAAGUUUCCAUUUAAGCUAAAAAAAAAUUGGUUGGCAGUCAGGUCAGUUAACAAAUAUCCAUUAAAUAUUAAUGACAUUUUUAGGCUUGGAAAACUUACAUUUAGAAUUUCUAGUAUGAGUUUUAAUUCUCAAAAUGAACCUGAACUUUUAAAUCAUAGUAGAGCAGAUUCGAAUGAAUAAUGUCGAAUUUGCUUAGGAAACAAUUAGAUUUUGAAUCCUUUAUUGAAUCCUUGUAAAUGUAGUGGUUCUUUAAAGUAUAUUCAUUUAGAAUGUAUGAAAAGAUGGUAUUCUUCAAUAAAUACUUAGGCUCAAAGAAUUUACAUCAGUAUCAAGAUCAUCUGAGAAAAGUGAAACCUACUUAUGGAAAUAAUUAAAGUGUGAAAUAUGUUAAGAAUCAUAUAAAGUAAUAUUUUAAAGUGACGGGAUUACAUAUCAUAUGCUCAAUCUUUUAAAACCUUAAUAUCCAUAUGUGAUGUUAGAGUUUUAUUCAAAAAAAAAAGAAAACUAAGUUAAAUAAGCAAAUUUAGGAGAUCGUUUCACUUCAAAAUCUGAUGGUGUAAUUGUCAUCAAACUUGGAGAGAAAAUGAGUUUAGGUAGAGCUAAAGAAAAUUGGGUAAAACUCUGUGAAGCAAGUGUAAGCAGAUUUCAUGCUACUCUAUCGAAAGAGAAUAUUUAAUAAUAAAAUUCAUUAUUUUUAUUAGAUAACAAUUCGAAAUUCGGAACUCUAGUUCAUAUUAAAGAGGAUUUGUAAAUCUAUCAAGAACUUGAAGUAUAAGUUGGCAAAUCUUUAUUUAAAUUGUAAACAAGCAAUAUUACUUGUUGAUGAG